GCAGAUUCCCCCGGCAUGGCAGACGUCGGGAAGAAGCUAGGAUGGGACGAGGGGAAGACGAGGAGAAUACAGUUGGGUACAGGGAUAGCCGGUAUCCUCCUCCUCUUCAGCGGCGUCGUCUGUCAAUGGUGGGCAGGGAACAACUUCUCCGAUGUCUCCCUCUCAACCCUCUGCAAUGCAUACUCAGGCAAGCCUGACCUGAUGGCCAGCGAUGACUGGUAUCAAGCCAAGCAGGACUACGCGGCGAAGUACUCCUCCUCCUCUUCCUCCCCUGCUGUCAUGACCCUCUCGUUCGUUGCCUCCCAGUUCCUCGGCUUCAGGCCGGACGGAAACUAUCCACUUAACCAGUUCCUCUACAGCUCCCCCUCUUUCUGGUGCAAGUACCUUCCCGAGUGUCCUGUGGGGGUCCAGUGCGUGGGCAAUACAGUCGUGAAGGCUGAAAACUGGACCAGAGGAGCAUGGCCGGGAAGGCUCGUAUCUAGCGACCCGUACUGGAAGCUUUCGUCCUCCGUCGAAGGGUACAGCGCGACUCGUAUCCGUUGCUCUGACAAGGUCAACGUGUACAAGGCCAUGCUGACAGCGGUGACUACCGACAUUAACGGGAACUUCGUCAAGGAUCCUUCCACAGGCGUUACAUGGAGCAAGGCUGCUGUGGACAAGGCUGCGGGAGCCCUCCUACAGCAGUGCUACGAGAGCAAAGGCUCGGCCGGUUACAUCCUUGCCACAGGUCCUGUGCUUGCUACGUUUGCCAGUAUCUUUUGCUUCAUGACGCUGUUUCGAUGCUUGGGAGGAAGCUACAUGUCAUCGACAGGACAGGGGAUGGCGAUCCUGGCUGUGGCCAUGACUCUGAUCGACUUCUGGGUGAUCGUAUAUCUGACCAACUCGGAGUUCAUGCAAGGUUACCUGCUGUGCGGCAAGCUCGGGCCUCCUCUGGUCCUGAGAGGAUCCUACUUCGACAGCACCCCGUGCAUGGAUCAGAACUCGAUAGGGCAGGGAGAGUUCAACCCUUACGUCUCCCAGUCCGCGUGGAUGACCUCCGUUUACACCGCCGGGGGUGUCUGUAAUUUAAUAGCGAUUGUGCUGCUCCUGAUCUCGAUCCACAAGAACAAAGAAAAUACCAAACUCAUGAAAUUCGCGACUCUCGGACCAAGUGAUGAACUUUGAGCUACCUAUCGCCUCGGCUGAAUGUAUGUAUGUAAAAUCGCGGGUUGCAUUCUAG